AUGGUGUGCGCCGCAGCUUUCUCUUACAGACGCAAAGAUUUCAAUGACAACUUCGGCAAAAUUAGACAAGCUAGUGCAGCGUGCACAAAAUACCUCGAAGACAUUGGGACUGCUAAAUGGAGCAGAAAAUAUUUCCCAGGGAACCGAUACAACCUCCUCACUAGCAACGUUGCCGAACAACUCAAUAAUGCACUAUCCAAGUCGAGGGCUUCACCUGUUGUUGAGUUGUUCAUGUUCAUCCAAAGGAUGUUGACUCGUUGGUUUUCAGCUAGGAGAACCAAAUCAGCAAAACACAGGGGGGCUGUAACACCGGAGGUUGAGGAUGUAAUGCAGACACACAUUAGGCUAACUAAAGGCAGCAAAAUCUCAAAUAUUACUAGUUGGAGCUAUCAAGUCAAAGGUGUUUUUGGUCACACCAACACUGUUUCUCUCGAGAACAAAGUUUGCACAUGCCAAGUAUUCCAACACCUUAAAAUCCCUUGCGGACAUGCUCUGUUGGCCGCUGAUUCCAUCGGUUAUCCACAUUCCCAACUUUUUGGAGACUGCUACAAAACACAAACAUGGAAAGAAACAUAUGCCGGCGUCAUUUACCCCGAGGCUCUUCUAGGGGAUCACCCUCUGCCUCCAGCUAUUGAACGCCUCUCCCUACAGCCUCCCAAGACCCGUUGCCCCUCUGGGCGUCCUAAGGACAAACGCUACCCUUCCACAGGAGAAAUACAGGUUCCAAAGAAAACCAAACUCAACAGAUGUGGUCGGUGUGGUGUCUCUGGCCACAACAGGACCAAUUGCAAGGUCCCCAUAUAA